GUGCACCAGGAAGGAGAACUGCGAGCGCUCGGCCGAGCCCCGGCGGUUCGCCUGGGACAUCAAGCAGUGCGUCCGCCUCAGCGUCCACCCCAGCAACAUCUCCGUGUCCCAGUUCAGCGUCACGCUGAUCCUGGAGGCCCAUAACGUCCCAGAGUUGUCUGCAGGGGUCAACUGUACCUUUGAGGACCUGGCUGAGAUGGACGGUCUGGUGGAGGGGAACCGCAUCAGGUGCAGCUCGCCUGCCGAGAAGGAGGUGCCUCGCAUUAUCGUAGACAAAGCUGAUCACCAGAUAGUUCAGCUCUACCUCAAGUCCAAGGAGACAGGCCUGGUCUUCGCCAACACCAGCUUUGUCUUCUACAACUGCAGCGUCCACAAGUCGUGUUUGUCAUGUGUGAGAAGCCCCUACCAGUGCCACUGGUGUAAAUACAGACAUGACUGCACCCACGACCCACGCACCUGCUCCUUCCAGGAGGGACGAGUCAAGAAGCCAGAGGAGUGUCCCCAGCUGCUGCCCACCGAGCGCAUCCUGAACCUUCCCCAGCCACAGUCAGGACAGCGGGGCUAUGAGUGUCUGCUCACCAUCCAGGGCGUGGAGCAGCGGGUGCCCGCGCUCCGCUUCAACAGCAGCUGUGUUCAGUGCCAGAACACCUCG